AUUAGUUAAACGAGAAUCCUUUCAGAAAAAUCAAAAUUAACCUAGAAACCCUAAUCCUUCCGAUUCCCUUCCAUCAAAAAUCAAAUUUAACCUAGUAACCCAAAAAUUUUACCCGCCAUAAAUCUGAACUUCGAGGUUGGAUAGAUCACGUGAGUAUCAGUGGCGGGAAGAAACCCUAAAUCCUAAUCUUUCCGAUGACGUCUUUUCUCGACGAAUUUCAAGCCAGUAAGUUUCGCUCUCUUCUUAGUUUUUCUUUUCAAUCGAAACGUUUCUAUUUCGUGUACGUAUGAACCCUAAUUCUUUUCUCGACGAAUUUCAAGCUAAUCUUGAGUUGCUUCCAAAUAUUCUGCAAAAGAAGUAUGCAUUGCUACGUGAUCUUGACAAAAGUUUACAAGAUAUCCUGCGGCAGAAUGGACAGCGCUUUGAGCAAGAAUUAGACAAUAUCAAGCAGGGGUUGCUCUCUGGUUCUGUUACACCAGAGCCUUCUCGCAUCAGAUUCUCAGAUGAAGCACUUGAUGAGCAGAAGCACAGCAUCAGGAUUGCUGAUGAAAAGGUUGCUUUAGCUAUCCAGGCAUAUGAUUUGGUGGAUACACACAUUCAACAGCUUGACCAAUAUCUAAAGACAUCUGAAGAGGAGAGUCGACGUGAGAAAGAACUUGCAUCUGCUGCUGCUUCAUCUGAUGCAAAUGUUGAUGGUAGCUCAAAAUCUGGGAGGGGCAGUGAAGGUGGAAGGGGGGGACGUAAAAAAACUCGUCUUGCAGCAUCAGCAGCUUCCACAGCUCCUGCAAAUCCACCAAGCAUGGACUUGGAUGUACCAGUUGAUCCCAAUGAGCCCACUUAUUGUCUCUGUAAUCAAGUCAGCUAUGGUGAAAUGGUUGCUUGUGAUCAUCCUGAUUGCAGGAUCGAAUGGUUCCAUUUUGGGUGUGUUGGUUUGAAAGAGAAGCCAAAGGGGAAAUGGUACUGUUCUGAUUGUGCCGGAAAGCAGAAACGCCGUAAAGGUAAAUAGUUGCUGCAUUACACCAAAAAAACAUGUGAACCCAGCAUCAAUGGUCAUCAUAAGUGAUGAGAAACAGCAGAUCUUAUUUAAGGGAUCUUGUACAGCUGUACUGGCUGAUUAACUUGUAGGCUUAGCUUUUAGUUCAGGUAUACUGGAAAUCCUCUUCCCUACUCUCUAUAGCUGCAAUAGGCGAUUCGUAUUAAUCUUAUGAAUGCUUAAAAUCUUAUUCUGUAAUAAUUUGUAUCUUGACCCCCUUAUGUAAUCCUAAUCUUGGUGGUUGUCACCUUGCUUUAGUGUAUAAAUUUUUUCUUCCAA